CAAAAUUUUCCAUCUACGUCCAACCCACACUCCAUCAUGUGAUUAAACAUCUCAACAGAAUAAGUAGCUUUUCCAAGAUCACAAAGAAUCUUAAUCAACAACUCAUACGACGAUUGAUCUAUAUGGAUAUUCAUCAAUUGAAUUUUUUUCAAGAUUUCAGGUACAUUCUUUAGACCCCAUUCAUUCUUACAAAGAACUGAGAGUAGCGUGUUCAAAGAUCUCACUGUUGGGGUGCAUCUAAAACUCGGAAUUCUUAAGAACAGCUCAAUGGCAGAUUGUAGUUCGUCAACAUCACCAUAAAACUUGAUCAGGUAAACAAAACUUCGGGAAUACCAAAGUCGUCAACUUUCUGCAAAUGAUCAAGAACGUGAGGGAUCAAUAAAUAACUGCAGGGUUCCUAGUGAUUUUCUUUAAGUCAUAUUGGGGAUUUGGAAAGCUUUUCUAUUAGGCUCUGCAUAGAAAGCUGUUGAGCGAAGUUGACUGUCGGCGAUUUUCUACUUUUUCUGACGUAGUAGCUUUUCAAACUGGAAUUUCUUGAAGAAGAAGAAAAAGAGGUAUAUGAAAAAAAAUGAAAUAUUUGUUCUCCACUGCCAGACUGUAAGCUUGCUUACCAUCAUCAUCAGUCAAACACUCAAAGGUUUGAAUGUUUGAUGGUUUGAACAUAAACGACUCGAUAUUUAAAAUGAUUUUCGUACACUGCAAAGUCCGGAUUUAGCUUGUGCUUGUCGAAGAGAUCAUGAAGAGUAAUCAGCAAACUUGGUGAGGAAUUUCACAUAUUGGAAACAGAUUUCGUGGCAAUUGGCUACUAACCGUAUUAAGCAUUCUGGAGGUCCUGGACAAAAAACACUUGAUAUUAAUAUAUUUUUUUUUCCCGAAAGAAUACCCUUUGGGCAGGGUAAGCGUCGGGGAGUGCUUACCUAGUUUAUUAAAAGAGUUCAAGGAUUUACAGAACCCAAAGAUUUAAAAGGAAAAUCUAAGGGCCUAAGAGUAGAAAAUAUUGGAGCCAAGUAAAUCGGGUCCAACAGAGCAAACCAUAAGGCAUAAGCUAACAAACAGGGGAAUAUAUUCCCUGUGUCCAAACAUAAUAAUCCAAAAUUCCAAAAGAGAGUGGGUCGCCCUAUUUUCGAACCUUCGUUCAAGUAUAGAGAAGAUGGAGGGGCGUUUGGUUUAGUGGAAGUGAUGAUGAUUUCAACUGUAGAGAUGUUUGCUAGAUGAUGAUUCAGAAAUGCUGUUGGAUAAGGAGAUUUUGAGAUGUCCUCGAUUAGCCCGAGUCCCAGAAUCUGCGUGGAUGUUGGAAUUCGUCGAGGUUUUGUUCCAGCUUCUUCGACAGCCGAGAGUUUUGUCCGCUUCAGGUGAACGUGUGGCUUCAAUUACUCUCACUCCACCUGAACCAGCGUCUCGCACUGGGAAGAAGAAAACACUCAUCUGGAUCUCAAUUAUGGUGGUUGGUCAAAUAAACGAUUCAGAAAGAUUAUGCUCGACUGAAUUUCCCUUGUUGGUGGUUUGUCAAAUCAAUUAUUCCUCCUUUUCGGUGGCUGGUGAUGUCGGAAUUCUUGAUUUAAUUUUUUCCUUUCUAGUUUGGACAAUUUAUUUUCUUUCAGUUUGCUUUUGCGUAGUGAUUCAGCAAUGCUGUUAGAUUAGUCUACAUAAUUCCGAGAUUAGCAAAUUUGUUUGGUCCUUGGAGGCCAAUCGAUUCUAUGUCUCAUCCCCGUG